GGGGCCCGGAGCAUUGUGUCACCCGCGCGCCCGGCCGGCUGUCAGAGGCGCGGAACAGACGCGCACUGCCCGGAAGGAACGUUGGGGAGCCCGGUCGGCCGCCCGGCGUCUGCUGCUCUCUGCGCCGGCCCCGCUGUCACCCGGAUGGCGGGGCGUGGGGCCGGGGGAAGCUGGAUGGGAUGUGGUGUGGGCUCUGCCGAGACCGGGAGGAGGACCAGACGGCGGGUUGGCGGCUGGGGGCUUGGUGGUCGGGAUCGGGAGCGCCACCCCGGCCUCGCCCGGCGUGCGAGGUCGCGCCCCCUGCCCGGGAGUUCAGGGUGGAGACCACACUUUACGAGCCGCUGGAGAGGAGUUGAACUUGCUUUGAGUCCAAGUGGCAAAGGCAAAGCCAAACUCCAGUGUAGCAGCUCUGUGUCAACAGCUGCUCUCUCUUCCUCUCUGCUGAUAGAGUAGAGCUGGGGCAGUUUCUGCAAGCUCUCCUGCACCCAACGGAUCUCCAGGUGAAUCUACCCCUGGCUGACUUUAGAAUUCUUACGUCUGGCUUUUAAAUUUUUUUCUUUUAAAAAUAACUUGGACGGAUAAAAGAUGUGCCAUGGCAGGAUAGCACCAAAGAGCACCUCAGUGUUUGCCGUGGCUUCUGUGGGACAUGGAGUCUUCCUUCCACUGGUGAUCCUUAGUACCCUCCUUGGAGACGGACUUGCCUCCGUGUGUUCCCUGCCCCCGGAGCCAGAGAAUGGUGGCUACAUCUGCCACCCACGGCCAUGCAGAGACCCCCUGAACGCGGGCAGUGUCAUCGAGUACCUGUGUGCUGAAGGCUACAUGUUGAAGGGCGAUUACAAAUACCUGACGUGUAAGAAUGGUGAAUGGAAGCCAGCCAUGGAGAUAAGCUGCCAUCUCAAUGAGGACAAAGACACCCACACGUCACUUGGGGUCCCCACGCUGUCCAUCGUGGCUUCCACUGCCAGCUCCGUGGCACUCAUUCUCCUCCUCGUGGUGCUGUUUGUGCUGCUGCAGCCAAAGCUGAAGUCCUUCCAUCAUAGCAGGCGUGACCAGGGGGUAUCUGGGGACCAGGUCUCCAUCAUGGUGGAUGGAGUCCAGGUUGCACUACCAUCAUAUGAGGAAGCUGUGUAUGGCAGUUCUGGGCACUGUGUGCCGCCUGCUGACCCCAGAGUGCAGAUCGUGCUGUCAGAAGGGUCUGGGCCCAGUGGGAGGAAUGGGCCAAGGGAGCAGCAGUUGCAGGAUGAGGUAGCCUGCUCCUCUGCAGGUGGAGAGGAGGAGACCCCAGGCCAGUCUGGACUGUGUGAAGCCUGGGGCUGUCAGGGCUCAGAGACUGUGAUGGUGCAUCAGGCAACCACCUCUUCCUGGGUGGCCGGCUCAGGGAACAGCCGAGUGGCGCACAAAGAAGCCCCGGACUCAGAGAGCAGUGACAUACAAAGCCUUUUAUCCCUCACAUCGGAGGACUACACAGAUGAUAUCCCACUGCUGAAAGAAGCAUGAGAGCUGCCACCGGCCUCCCUCCUCUCUGCAAUGGCCCUCUCUGCCCUCCCUGCCCCUCCCUGUGGGUUUGAGCGCUCUGUACUCCAGCCACCCUGCCUGGAUACCUGAGCCGCCACCUGUGUAUCUGUGUAUCUCUGAGGGCCUGCAGGCCCCGCUUGCUGGAUACUCAAGGAAGAUUCUCACCAUCUGCCUGCUGGACAGCUGGAGAAGCUGGCUUUUUGCCUAGCCCGCCCUUCCCAUCUGUGUUGGGGACAUAUUUGAAUGUGUUGGAUCGAGCCCUUCCUUUCCCUGAGCCCUCUGGGUCCCCUCUGGCCAGCUCUUUGGCGGCAGCCCCCACCAGCCUGCAAGGGCCCGAGAGCGCUGUGUUUACUUGUGCCUUCCCCCACCCUUCCCAGUUUCCCUGUCACGCAGGCUCGUUGCUGUCUUACAAGCCUUAGGGGCUGCCCUGCUGCCCCUUCCACACAGGGGCUGGCCUGAGUCUAGCCUGUCGGCUUUGAGGGGUGGCACUGCUGCCGUAGCAGGAGCAGAUCCGAGAGUGGCUGUGGCUGUCUUUGGGAUGUCUGUGCCCUCAGUGGGACUGGUGGCCCAUCUCCUUGACUGAGGCUGGAGGAGGUGGGAAAUCAUGCCAAAGCUGUCCCAGCACCUGGCUGUCUAGAGAUGUUGGCUCCUGGCCCAGUUGAGUUUCCAGGAAGCAUCCAGAAGAUCUCAAGGGAGGGAAGAAAGAUGGUUGAUGAUUGUCUUCCUAAUACGCAAGUUCCUGCUUCCAACAUGGACCUCCUGGCCUCAGCUUGUCUGUCUCCCUGGAGUGUAAGGGUAGUUGCAUGCUGCCUCCUGGGUUUGGUCCCAGGGAGCCCCAGCUUCCUUGCUGCCUACAGAGCCUGAGCAAAUCAUCCCUGGGACGGGAGAGUUGCUGAGAUGCCAUGGAAUGCCCAUCUGGUUCCUGGCAGUUGGGGCAAGUUGCCCCGUUCUUGGUGGUGAUGAGAGGCACAGACGGGUCCCCUGGCAGCUACAGGCAGCUCUGGCCGGUCCCAAGGGUCCUCCUCACCACAGUCACGUGCCUUAGUAACUGUGCCCAGGAAGCGUCCUGCUGCUUCUGCGCUGCUGCUUCUCCUACUUCUGUGCUCCCCUACCGUCCCUCCACAUGUCACAGCAGAUGGAAAACUCCCUGGUCUUCCCUGGCACCUAGGGGAGGGGCUGAGAGAUGGUCUGCAUGCACCCUUACCUUGCUGGCCUGCGGUAGGUGUUGCAAAGUAGCCUGGCUCUGGGUCCUGGUUUUGAAGGAAUGGGCUCUGCACUCCAGAUGCCACUUCUGGGGCCUCUCUCUCAGCCACAUGUUGAAUGCUAACAAGACUGGGGUGACAGACCUCAGCCAGGCUGUUGCGAUCUUCCAAAGAUAUGGCAUUAAGGAAUGCAUGCAUUGUUUUGAAGCAUUGGGGCCAUGCUGCACCCCUGCUUCUCCCACGAGCCUCUCUGUUUGGGAUGUAAAAUAAUAGCCUGGUGUACUUUCAGUCCCGGACCUAACGGUAACGCUAGGUGUGGCCUUGAAGAUUAGGGGAAUGGCUUUCUCUUGGCCUCCUGCCUCUACUCUCACACAUGUACUUUACCACCCCCGCUCAUUCCCAGGCCUCUCGCUGUCACACUUGGUCUUCCUUCCUUCUCAGGGUAAGGGCAGUGCCUGCCACGCCUGUCACCUCUCCCACAUCUCUCUGCUUUCCCCCCUAGGAGCUCUGGCUGGCAUGGUUCCAUCUAGAGCAGUUUGGUAAAGGCUUUAGAACUAGAAGGCAGAAGCCUCUGAAGGAGAUGAAACUGACUGGUGGGCCUGUCCUUGGCCUCAAGAGACAUGCCCGCCAGCAGUUGCCGGCACUGGGCCCAUCUGGAGGUUAGGAUCUCCACUGACCCCAGCUGCCUCGCCACACGCCCACUCUCCUUCACCUGCUGGGGUCCCCGUGUCUUCCUCCAAAAAAGAAAGCAGGGAGAAGUGCUGGGGGUCCACAGGCUCACUGCCGAGCCUGCAGCUUUUCCCAAACCUGAGUUCUAGUCUAGAAACUAUUUUUUUAAAUGGAAGAUGUUACUCCUUUCUAUAUUAGCACUCUAGGUCACUCCCUCCCCCAAGAUUGCACUUUUUGUUUUGGGUUUAUUCAGUCACAUAGGUGACCAGCUUGGCCCCUGAAAAGAUGAAAAGCCUUCCUUCUGAAGCUUUCUUCCACCUUGCCCACCAUUACCACCACCCUGGGGAACAUAAGCCCAGACAGAAUUGCCUACCUGGUAGGAAGGAAAGAAGCCAGGAUAAGUGGGAGUCCUCCACCUCCACCCCAAUGCCCACCCCCACCCCAGCUGGCUUUGCUGAGACCUCCCUCUGGGUAGAGGAUCCAGGCUUCAAUCGCUGCCACCAUCCAUACCAGCUUCCUCCGACAGGCUGUUCUAAUACCUGAAGCAGUUUCUUACCCAUCAGCCAUGUGUUGCUGUUCCUAGGGCUUCUUGGCUUUGUCCCUUUCUAGGGACUAGGGACUCCACAGCUGCCUAGAGGUGGGGCUUGGCUGAGAGACAGGAGUGGUGUCAGGUGGCCUGCUGUAGGAAGGAGGCUGCCAGAGGAUCCCAUAGCAGGUGGGAAGAGCUGUCCGCAAGCCUGGCUUUCCCAGGAGAGUCCUCUGGGGGAGUCCAGCAGAGCAUGUGUCCAGGAGAAUGGCCACCACCAAAGGACUUCUAAAAAGGUCUAUUUUUUUGCACACGUUAGCUAACUCAAUGCAAGGUUUCUAUCCUGGCAACUUGCAGUCAGAUUCAAUGACUUAGAGGGGCCAGUAUAUAGUGAAAAUCACUUAAAAUUUCUGUCCCUUUCAAUGCCUUAGUUUAGCAGGUAGGCUUUAUCUUUUGCCAUUUCUGAAUUUUGUAUGCUCUGUUACCAUUUCACUGGGUGCGAACUGUGAAAUGGGCUGAGUCCUGGCCGCUUUGUGAGUUUUUUAGUUUUUAAGGCAUUUCAGUAUACAUUCUACUAACACUCCAUUUGCAAACAAAACUUCAGCUAAUGUCCCCGUUCAUCUCGCCUUCCUCCUCUUCCUCCCUCAGCUUUAAAGUUCUGUGGAGAAGCUGGAUGUCAAGACAGACAAAGGUAUCCUUGUCCUGCUUCAGCAGUGGUGGCACAGGGGUCCGUAUCACUCAGCCUUGCCCCUCCUAAUCCCAGGUGAGCUCUCGGGCCACUGGCUUCCCACGUAACCAUGUCUCUGCCAUUCCCAGGGAACAUCUUUGCGUAGAGAAUGGAAUAUGCUGCAAACAUUUCUACAUCCUUCCCUUGUAUUCCUCCCUCCUUAGAAGAGAAUAAAGGGCCCAGAAAGAAAGAGAUCCCCAGGCUUUACAGCUUAAUUCCAGACGUGCUUGCUAAGGACGUGAGACUAGGAGCUUCACAGGGCCUGCUGGGGCUCGUGGCUCUCAGCAUAUGAACAGUUACUGGUGCCCGGUGAGGGGCUCAGAGAGGAUUUUGCUGGGAAAGGUGUGUGGACUGAGUGGCAGAAUAGCUGGUUCCCCAGAGAGGGAAAGGCAGUAGGCUCAGCUUUGCUGGGAAGAAACUCCUCUUAAUCUCCAGUUGAAAACCUAGUAGAAAUUUGAAUUAAAUCCCCAAGGUUGAGCCCUCCAUCAGGCAGCAGAGCCAGCUGGAGGAGAUAAGGGGCAAAGCACCCAGAUUGCCAAGCAGUGAAGAGAGAUGGACGCGGGUUGCAUGGCAGCCCACUAUACCUGCCCGGCUUCUCACUGCACCACUAUGGAAUCCUUUGCAGAAUGGUACACAUAUAUAAUGGUUUCAAACAAACACUUGCAUCAUUGACUCUGUGCAGGAUGUCACUCAAUCAGUUUGGAUUUGCUUUAUUUUAUUUUAUAUAUGUAUUUUUUGGUAUCCUGUACAUUGCAGUGGGUGUGAAGAUAGUAUUUUAAUAUUUGUACAAAGUUUAAUUUAAUUUUAAUUGUUCUAUGUAUAUAA